AUGAAGACCUGCAUCGUGCCCGAGGCCUUCCUGGUCUUCACCAGCAGAGCCGCCAUCCACAGGAUCUCCCUGGAGACCAACAACAACGACGUGGCCAUCCCACUCACGGGCGUCAAGGAGGCCUCCGCGCUGGACUUCGACGUGUCCAACAACCACAUCUACUGGACGGACGUCAGCCUGAAGCGGCCAAAGACUUCAAGGUUUUCUCUCGGCUGCCGGGCUGCAGGGCCGGACCAGCUCGCCCAAAGAGGCGCCCGUGCUUUGUGGCCUGGCCGCGCCGUUGCUGACGCCGUGCCCGUGCGUUUCCACGCAGGUCAGGAGCGCGUCGUGAUUGCCGACGACCUCCCGCACCCGUUCGGCCUGACGCAGUACAGCGACUACAUCUACUGGACGGACUGGAACCUGCACAGCAUCGAGCGGGCCGACAAGACCAGCGGCCGGAACCGCACCCUCAUCCAGGGCCACCUGGACUUCGUGAUGGACAUCCUGGUGUUCCACUCCUCCCGCCAGGAUGGCCUCAACGACUGCAUGCAUAACAACGGGCAGUGCGGACAGCUGUGCCUCGCCGUCCCCGGUGGCCACCGCUGUGGCUGCGCCUCGCACUACACCCUGGACCCCAGCAGCCGCAACUGCAGCCCUCCCACCUCCUUCUUGCUGUUCAGCCAGAAAUGCGCCAUCAGCCGGAUGAUCCCAGACGACCAGCACAGCCCGGACCUCAUCCUGCCCCUGCACGGGCUGCGGAAUGUCAAGGCCAUCGACUACGACCCCCUGGACAAGUUCAUCUACUGGGUGGACGGGCGCCAGAACAUCAAGCGCGCCCGGGACGACGGGACCCAGCCGUUCGUCUUGGCCUCGCCAAGCCAGGGCCAGAACCCAGACCGGCAGCCGCACGACCUCAGCGUUGACAUCUACAGCCGCACGCUCUUCUGGACGUGCGAGGCCACCAACACCAUCAACGUCCACCGGCUGAGUGGGGACGCCAUGGGGGUGGUGCUCCGUGGGGACCGUGACAAACCAAGGGCCAUCGUCGUCAACGCAGAACGAGGGUACCUGUACUUCACGAACAUGCAGGACCGCGCGGCCAAGAUCGAGCGCGCGGCCCUGGACGGCACGGAGCGCGAGGUCCUGUUCACCACGGGCCUCAUCCGCCCCGUGGCCCUGGUGGUGGACAACACGCUGGGCAAGCUCUUCUGGGUGGACGCGGACCUGAAGCGCAUCGAGAGCUGCGACCUGUCAGGGGCCAACCGCCUGACGCUGGAGGACGCCAACAUCGUGCAGCCCGUGGGCCUGACCGUGCUGGGCAAGCACCUCUACUGGAUCGACCGCCAGCAGCAGAUGAUUGAGCGUGUGGAGAAGACCACCGGGGACAAGCGGACACGAGUGCAGGGCCGUGUGGCCCACCUCACGGGCAUCCACGGCGUGGAGGAAGUCAGCCUGGAGGAGUUCUCUGCCCACCCAUGUGCCCGUGACAACGGCGGUUGCUCCCACAUCUGUAUCGCCAAGGGUGACGGGACACCUCGGUGCUCAUGCCCAGUCCACCUCGUGCUCCUGCAGAACUUGCUGACCUGUGGUGAGCCUCCCACCUGCUCCCCCGACCAGUUUGCGUGCGCCACGGGGGAGAUCGACUGCAUCCCCGGGGCCUGGCGCUGUGACGGCUUCCCCGAGUGCGACGACCAGAGCGACGAGGAGGGCUGCCCCGUGUGCUCGGUCGCCCAGUUCCCCUGCGCGCGGGGCCAGUGCGUGGACCUGCGCCUGCGCUGCGACGGCGAGGCUGACUGCCAGGACCGCUCCGACGAGGCCGACUGCGACGCCAUCUGCCUGCCCAACCAGUUCCGGUGCGCCAGCGGCCAGUGCGUGCUCAUCAAGCAGCAGUGCGACUCCUUCCCCGACUGCAUCGACGGCUCCGACGAGCUCAUGUGCGAAAUCACCAAGCCGCCCUCGGACGACAGCCCUGGCCACAGCAGCGCCAUCGGGCCGGUCAUCGGCAUCAUCCUCUCCCUCUUCGUCAUGGGCGGGGUCUACUUUGUCUGCCAGCGCGUGGUGUGCCAGCGCUACGCGGGGGCCAACGGGCCCUUCCCGCAUGAGUACGUCAGCGGGACCCCCCAUGUGCCCCUCAACUUCAUAGCCGCGGGCGGCUCCCAGCACGGGCCCUUCCCAGGCAUCUCGUGUGGGAAGUCCGUGAUGAGCUCCGUGAGCCUGAUGGGGGGCCGGGGCGGGGUGCCCCUCUACGACCGCAACCACGUCACCGGGGCCUCGUCCAGCAGCUCGUCCAGCACGAAGGCCACGCUGUACCCCCCGAUCCUGAACCCGCCGCCGUCCCCCGCCACGGACCCCUCCCUGUACAACGUGGACAUGUUCUACUCUUCAAACAUUCCGGCCGCCGCCAGGCCGUACAGGCCCUACAUCGUCCGUGGCGUGGCUCCCCCGACCACGCCCUGCAGCACGGACGUGUGUGACAGUGACUACAGCGCCAGCCGCUGGAAGGCCAGCAAGUACUACCUGGAUUUGAACUCGGACUCAGACCCCUACCCGCCCCCACCCACGCCCCACAGCCAGUACCUGUCGGCGGAGGACAGCUGCCCGCCCUCGCCCGCCACGGAGCGGAGCUAUUUCCACCUCUUCCCGCCCCCUCCGUCCCCCUGCACGGACUCGUCCUGACCUUGGCCGGGCCACCCUGGCCUCUCUGCGCCCCUGUAAAUAGUUUUAAAUAUGAACAAAGAAAAAAAUAUAUUUUAUGAUUUAAGAAAUAAAUAUAAUUGGGAUUUUAAAAACGCAAGAAAUGUGAACAGUGAUGGGGUGGGCAGGGCUGGGAAAACUUUGUACAGUGGAGAAAUAUUUAUAAACUUAAUUUUUUUAAA